AGUUGUUGAUGAUCGCACGGCCGGUGUUGUUACUGCGGGAGAAUAGUAUCUUUAAAAACUAACUUUAGAACAAUGUUCCAGAUAGCUCGUGCACCUUUAUUUAGAUUACAUAAGACACAAAGCAUCCGGCUUUUGUUGUCCUGCAAUGGGUUUUCGUCCGAUUCAAACGCACCGGGUGAUGGAAGCGAUAAACCAAAGUCACCACCAGCUCCGGCACGCCGAACCGAAAAGAGUGAAAAUGAAGGAAAGAAAUCAUCUGAUGCCCUAAACCGGCUGAACGAGCUGCUCGCCAUGAUGAACACCGAGAGUGAGUUGAAGCUCGUCAAGAAGGUGGAUCUGCCGCGCCCAAAAUCGAGGAAAUCAAAGGAGAAAAAAGCCGACUCGGACUCGGACUCGGACGAUGAGGAGCGCCCGAAAGAUCUCGCACAGGCAACGCGCAAUGUAGCCACCGCCCUUGGGGGUGAUGCGAAACGCACUGAAUCGGAGCUGCUUUCAAAGCUGCUUGGGACGACAGUGUCUUCCGCCGCUGGCGAGAGUAAUCUGACGGACAUCAUUACGGGCAUGAUCGUUGAUAAAAACAAAAAGAAACAACAAACCGAAAGUGAUCCGACGCGAAGCACCUUGGUGAAGAAAUCGAUCGAUUCAAAGCGAGGAAAGCAAUAUCGUCCCACAGAUGAUGGGGACCAGUCACGCAGCGCUGCCUCACCAAAGGAACGGUACGAACGAAAGCGUAUCAGCCCGAAACAAUCACCACAAACGCCCGGCGGACCGGGAAGUGUGAAACUGUUCGAGGAAGAACCGUUGGGUAUUUUCACGGAUCUUGCUUCGCUGAAGGAAAGUCCGGACAAGCUCCGUACCUGGGAGAAGCUCAGCGAACGGGAGCUACGGUUAGCCGUUACACACCCACCGUCUAAUUACUUCCAAAAGAUGGCACUCUGGACCGAACAGGGAAAACUGUGGAAGUUCCCCAUCAACAAUGAACAGGGCCGGGAGGCGGAGGCGAAGGUUGCAUUUACCGAGCACGUCUUCCUGGAGGAAUAUCUGGAACCGUGGUGCCCCAAGAAGGGUCCGAUCCGACACUUUAUGGAGCUGGUGUGUGUUGGGCUGUCGAAAAAUCAUUACAUCACGGCACAGGAAAAGCGUGACCACAUCUGCUGGUUCCGGGAUUACUUCGAGCAGAAGAAGGAAAUACUGAAGGACAUCAUCGUUGCGGAGAGCGGUGGUAAGACGAAAGAGAUUGAACAAUAAAUCUAUAAGUAGCGGCGUAGCAUUUGAAACACAUACUAACACACAGGGUUUGUGUUACUUUUUCUCCGAAAGUUGUAACUACAACGAUUUAUUCUGUUGUAUUUCUAUCGCUGAACAACUCGUCUACGUGGAACAGCCAGUGAGUACGCCAAGCAAUAUACGUUCAACAUAUAGUAAAUGCGUAUGCCGUAACAUGCUUGCCGGUCUUUGCCCUACAGAUCGACCACAUUGCGAUCGCGUGUCUUUUGUUCUGUUUAUAAUUAACGAUCCUACAUAUGGUGCGUAGCAGUA